CGAGCAAAAACAAAAGAUCUGUUCUCCAAGGAGGUGCAACGGAUCUGUGUCAGGAUGGAAGAGCAUGGAGGGGGCAUAGCGGACAAUACUGGAAUCUUCACGGAAUUUGCCGACGAGACAGACUACGCACUGCAUGGCAUUAUCGAGCUGAGGGGUGAGCCUCACGGUGUCCAUGGCAGUGAGUGCUUUGGGGAUGACAUGGCUCAACUUGUGGUCGACGCUGCAGAGGGUGCCGAUCCUCGGAUGGACGUCAGUCAUAAGGUCACAUGCCAGACUUUGACCUUGGAGGUUACUGUGGCGUCCACCCAGGAACCAUCAGAAAAUGGCGAACAGCAUGAUGGGCAGAACUUCACUCAAACUCUCCAACAGGAUGAGAAAAUGAAGGCAGCUACCAACCCCCCAGAUGAUUUGAUCGAAAUGGAAGAACUUCACUGCUGCCAACAAUGCAACAAGAGCUUUGAGAACCAGAACCUUUUGACUGAUCGCCAGCAGCGUCAUGAACCGGACACUAAAUGCACUCUGUCUGUCAAGCACAACAGUGAAGGCAGAUCGCAGGCAAAGCACCCCAGGAUCUCUUGCAAGAAACAGGUCACCAGCAGCGAGGAAAACGGGCUUUCCCUGGCUAUUGCAGACAUCGGUGCUUGGGAAAAGUAUCCUUGCCCGGUUUGUGGUGAAGAGUUUGCCCAGUUGCAGGCACUGCAGGAGCACAUAGUCACGCACAACGGUGACCAGGUGGAGGUUUGCAAUGGUGAGCAGCUUGGCCAUGCGGGAACCAGUUGUAACGUCAAGGCCCUUCCAUGCCCUUACCGGACCUGUGGACUGACAUUCCAGAGCUCAGCAGAUAUGGAGGAGCACCGACGUGGGCACUAUCCAUUCCAUUGUGACCAGUGUGAUUUUGCCUGCUCCAGUGCUAAGCUCCUCACCCAGCACAAGAAACGGGGGAGGCUGAAAGGAAAAAAGUUCACGUGUAAACUCUGUCCUUUCAAGAGUUGUGUGGCACGUGACCUGAACAAACACUACAGUGGGACACAUCGAGAUAAAGCAGAUUAUGGCUGUAACAUGUGUGAGUUCACUAGCCGCUACCACAAAGCCUUGAAGAAACAUCUUACUGUACACUCUGAUAAGAGUACAGGUGCUACUAAAGGGAAUGAGGAACAGGAGGGAAGGAGACAGGCAGCAAAUCAAGGUAACAGCACAACGCAAAGAGUGUCCAGAAAGCGGAAGCGGUCCAGGUGUGAAGAGGAGCUGUUCCUGGAAACUGGCUCAGAGAGAGAUACUAACAGAGAAGCUAAAUCCUUCAGACAGAGACAUUUCAAAGUUGAUGUUCAGGAAGGAAUGGAGCACCUGUACAAAACUCACAUCUGUCCUGAAUGCAAGCGCUGCUUUAAAAAGAGAACACAUCUUGUGGAGCACCUUCACCUGCAUUUCCCGGACCCCAGUCUCCAAUGCCCUCACUGCCAAAAGUUCUUCACCAGCAAGGGCAAGCUGAAGGUACACCUGAUGCGGGAACUCGGUGAGAAGACCCAUCACUGCCCACUUUGUGACUACAGUGCGGUGGAGAAGAACUCCCUGAACCGACACAUGGCCAGCAUGCACGAGAACACCACCAACUUCUACUCUGAUGUGUACUCGUGCCCGGCUUGCGAGGAGAAAUUCACUGUCAGCAAUUCGCUGAAGGAGCACAUGAAGACACACAAGGAGGAGCGACGGCCGCUGGACUGCUUCGAGGGGGGCUGCACUUACACUGCGGAAGAGCGCAAGGACUUUGUCCGCCAUCUCAAGGAGGUGCACGGUGCCAGGGCGAUAGAGUGCCGCUACCGCACAUGUGGCUCUCUGUUUGGCACAGAGGCAGGGAUGGAAGCACACCGCAGGACUCACUAUGCCUUCCACUGUGACCAGUGCGACUUUGUCUGCUCCAACAAGCAUGUCUUCCGGCGACACAAGCGGAGAGGUCACCCAGGCAGCGAAGAACUGGCCUGCAGCUUCUGCCCGUUCAAAACUUUCAACCCUGUGGAGUACAAUGACCAUGUUGGCAAGAUGCACGCCAAUGAGAAGAUCCACAAAUGCAGUGAAUGUGACUUUGCCACUGCACACAAGCGAGUCCUCAACCGGCACAUCCUCCUGCACACAGGCGAGAAGCCACAUAAAUGUGAACUGUGCGAUUUCACCUGCAGGGAUGUAGGCUACCUAUCGAAGCACAUGCUCACGCAUUCUGACGAUAAGAACUACAUGUGCACAGAGUGUGGUUACAUCACCAAGUGGAAACACUAUCUGACUGUGCAUAUGCGAAAGCAUACUGGAGACCUGAGGUACCAUUGUAAUCAGUGCUCGUAUCGUUGUCACCGUGCAGAUCAACUCAGCAGCCACAAGCUCCGACACCAGGGCAAGACACUGAUCUGUGAGGUGUGUGGCUUUGCUUGCAAGCGGAAGUAUGAACUUCAGAAGCACGUGCAAGUGAAACAUUCAAAGGACUACCAGAUGCCCCUCUACCAAUGUCAGUACUGCAGCUACCAGACGAGAUACAAGCAGGCCCUCCUGAACCACGAGAACUGCAAGCAUACUAAACACAAGGAAUUCCGCUGUGCCCUGUGCACCUACAAGACUUUCAGUAACACUAGCCUCUUCUUCCACAAACGCAAGGCCCAUGGCUAUGUGCCUGGAGACAAGGAGUGGCUGGAGAACUAUGCCAAAGAGGAGAUGGCAAUGAACUCCAGCCACAUUCUUCUAGGGUACGGUGACACGAAUCUCCCUUUUCCCGGCUCAUCCCAGACGGAAAUGGCUGUUGUGACUCCAAAAAGUGAAGGGUGGCAGAAGAAUUCAGCUGCAGUGGAGGACCAGGAGAAGUUGUACCAGCAGCAAGACUUUGUGAGCCCUCUCCUUGGGCAAGAGGCCUCUCAACCUGGGGAAGAAAUGCAGAGUGGUACCAUGCCACACGAACCCACACAGUUAGAGCAGCACCUGGUGUACUCUGCUACGGCAAGGCAGGAGGCUCAGCCUUUCCCCACCCACUCAGGUGGCACUGGCUCAGGAAUGAGCCGUGUUAUGGAGACAGAAUUUCAGAAAGCUUUGGGAGGAAAUGGCUCACAACUAGAGGAAGUGUUUGAAGCACAGCUGGAGUUUCAUAGUGCCCCAUCAGAUGAAGUAGCAAAGCAGCUUUCAGACUCCCAGCUACCAAUCUUGGACUCCUGGGGACCGUGUGAUACUGGAACCAUAUACAGGGACUUUGGACUUAACACUGGAGUCCAUGUGGAGGCUAGCGAUGGCAAUGAUGAGGCUGACAUUGGAGAGCACAUUGAGGAUGAAGAAGCUGAUGGUGGGGAACACAUCAUAGGAACUCAAGAAGAAGUAGGCCAGAGUGUUGAUGUCUUUGCUAAUGAAGAUCAGAGUGGCAGUUAUGAACUUCCAGGUAAAAGUGAAGGAAUUGGCAGAUCCUCCCAGAUGGAGGAUGAUACUUCCACAAAUGUCAAGGCCGAUGGGACGUGGAUCAGUGUGAUGGAGUCUCACCUGACUCAACCCAGCAGUGAAAACGGGGACACGGCCGUAUUUCCAGACACGGAAGCUGUGAAUCAGGUCAGUCCUGAAAGUCAGGAGCAGGCGCAGCUCUCCCAGUCGGAAUCUGAGAUUAAGGCUCUGCGGAAGCAGGACAAACAGCAGGCACAGGCCCUGGUCUUGGAGGGAAGAGUACAGAUGCUGGUGGUACAAACAGACGCUCAGGUGUUCAAGUGUGAGAGGUGCUCAUACAUCACCAGGAAAGAGAAAGCCAUGGUCCUCCAUACAAAGUCUGGCUGCCAGAAUAAGAAAUCGCCCCUAGUGUGCACUGCCUGUGGAGCCACCUUUAAACAGCAGAGAGGACUCAAUACUCACUUGCAAAAGAAAUGUCCUGUCAUUGUAAAGAAACACAAGCUUUAUGUGCGGCAAGCAAGAGUGACCGAGUCCAAACUGGAGCUGGUUGGAGAGAAGGAACAAAGUGUGGAAUCAGAGGUGAGGAAGGUGAGGGCGAUAGCUAAGAACAAAGGCAAGCGCGCCAAUGUUGAUGCAAGUAAGUGGCAGGAGCUGAGCCCAGUUCCAGUGCAACCUGACCAGCUGCUCACUAAAGUAACUGAUUGUGGAGUGAGCAAAGAUCAUGUCGUUGAAGACUUAUCAUCUAUCUCUGCCACAGAGCAAGACCAGCCUGAAGGAGAGCUCCUUGCUGCUUGUGAGGGGGUGGAGGCCGGAUUCUUCACAGAUGAGGCAUUGGCCGGUGCUCCUCCAGUCCUAGAUGAGAAUCUCCCAUCGACUCCGAGGGAAGGGACACCAGAACACACACACAUUGCUGAGCAGUCACAGCAGGAGUCAGGGGCAUGCAAGUUCCAGUGUGAACAGGGCAAGUUCUCCUGUGCCUCAUGCCCUUUUGUCUGCUCCAGUGAGUCGGAUUUUGGCAGCCAUGUGGCUGGUGGCUGCACAGAGCCCCUCAAGCUGCCCUGCGGAUUCUGUGACUUGCUGUUCCGCUCCGAGAGGGCAUUAAGGAACCAUCAGGCCAUCAAGCACACUCAGGAGGAGGAGCUAUCAGACCAGAGCGAUUCGGAUGAGCUGGAGAAAGAAUCUUGUAGUGAGGAUGAGGGGAAUGGAGAUUUUGGGGAGGGAGACAACCUCGAGGACAGUGAUGGCUUAGAGCUGGAGGGCAGCCCCAAGCAGAGACGUUUCUUCUGCUCCUCGUGCCCCUUCAGCUGUUACCAGGAGCGAGCCUUGGACACUCACAGGAAGAAAGGCUGCAUGAAGCCUGGCGAGCUCCAGUGCAGCCUCUGCUCGUUUGUCUGCAAGUCAGCUGUGGCCCUUAAACACCACACCCACCUGCAUGGCAAGAAGUGCUGCCGCAAGAGGCCCCGUUUGAGCUGCCAGCUGUGCCCGUUCACCUGUAAGCAGGCCCGAUGCCUCAAACAGCAUGUGGCCAUUAAGCACGAUGGUGUUAAACCCUACAAGUGCCACUACUGUGAUUUCAGCACCACCCGGCGCUACCGCCUUGACGCACACGAGUCCCUGCACACGGGUGUGGGCCGCCUGGCAUGUGAUUCCUGCCAACAGACCUUUGGCACCGGCUCCAAGCUGCGGAUCCACAAGCUGCGAGUCCACGAGAAACGGCCCACCCACUUCUGCACCCUUUGCGACUACAGCGGCUAUAACCAAAAUGACAUCACCCGGCACGUCAGCAGCUGCCACGCCGGUGAGCCGAGUGCGGCCUGCAGGCGCUGUGACGCCCGCUUCAGUUCAGAGGGUGCUCUCAAGCAGCACUGCCUGCGGAGGCAUGAGGAGAAGGUGUGUCACGGCUGCCCGUCCUGCGUGUUUGCCUGCUACAGCGAGUCCACCCUGCGGAGCCACGUCCAGAGGCAGCACCCACAGCUGGAGUGCUCCUCCUGCAAAGAACGCUUCGAGAAGCGAGACCAGCUGGAAGAGCACAAGAAGGUCCACUUCAGCCACCGCUGCCCGCACUGCGACUUCGCCACUCGGGAGCGACAGCAGCUCAUCCAGCACCUGCUGGAUACCCAUGAGGACGAGGAGGAGGCAGAUGGCAGUGAGGAGGGCAAACCCUUCCAUUGCCCCUUCUGUGAGUUCACCUGCCGCCACCAGAUGGUAUUUGACUAUCACAUGAAGGCUCAUGGUGGCACACGGAUGUACAAAUGUACCGACUGUGACUAUACCACCAAAAACCGACAGAAGAUCACGUGGCACAUACGUAUUCAUACCGGGGAAAAGCCCUACAAGUGCCAUCUCUGCAACUAUGCCUGCGCAGACCCAUCGCGUUUGAAGUACCACAUGCGGAUCCACCAAGAGGAGAGGAAGUAUUUAUGCCCGGAGUGUGGCUAUAAGUGCAAGUGGAUUAACCAGCUCAAGUACCACAUGACGAAACACACGGGUGCCAAGCCCUAUCAGUGUGAUGAGUGUGAUUACUGCACCAACCGGGCAGAUGCACUGAGGACCCAUAAAGAAACCCGGCACAAAGAAACGCGGGGCUUCAUCUGUGAGCAGUGCGGGAAGGGCUUCAAGACUCGCUUUCUCCUGAAGACCCACCUGAAGAAGCACAGCGAGGCCAAACCGUACGUCUGCAGUGUGUGCUGCCGUGGUUUCCGCUGGCAGGCAGGCCUGCGCCACCACUAUCUCACCCAUACCAAUGAGCACCCCUUCUUCUGCCGCCACUGCAGCUACAAAGCCAAGCAGAAGUUCCAGGUGGUCAAACACAUCCAGCGGCAUCACCCCCUGAAAGUGUCAGGAGACCCAGCUGAGGGAGUGGGCAAGGUGCAGGUGAGUCACCCCCACAGCUCCCUGGGAGCUGAUAACAAGCCGCUCCUCAGCCUGACCACCAGCUCCUAGUUACUAAGGCGAUAUUGGGAGCUUUUACCUUCAGGUGCUCAGCGACGGCUACGUGUGGGGCUGGUCCACGUCGCUUGAGGUUUGGAUGCUGCAGUAACCAGAGACGCAUGUGUGUGUUCGUGCACAGUGUGAAGCGCAUUGCUGCAGGGAACCCCAAAGAAAAAGGGCCAGGAAAUCUCCAUAUUUUAAAAAUAGGAGCAACCUGCUAUUCCCUUGUAUCAUGUUGAGACUCAAUAUCCUGUUGGGGCCAAGAAUAUGAAUCCUGCAACAAAUUUCUUUGGGAAGAGCUGGCACCUUUUUAAAUGGAGAAAUGACGUGCCAGAGAAGCACCUUCAAUAGAGAAGAACGACUUCUGUCAGCAACGUACUAAGGUGGAUUGCUGCAUUGCCGCGUUGAAAGAACAUUCUGGAAUGCAGAGAGGAAGACACCAAGCUUUCUAAAGGAAGAGAGGAAACUGUAAUGUUGAGGCAAGAUAAUUGACUUUUGUGGCCGUGUUUGCUUCAUGUUACGUGGGCUUUGAGAAAUACGUUGACCAGUAAAAAAUGAGGUCUGCAGAUGCUGGAGAUCACAGCUGCAAAUGUGUUGCUGGUCAAAGCACAGCAGGUUAGGCAGCAUCUCAGGAAUAGAGAAUUCGACGUUUCGAGCAUAAGCCCUUCAUCAGGACCAGCCAAGCCACUGCUGAAGGAUAGAAUUACCUAAGAGUGAAAUUAUGUGGGCUCCCCAGAAUCAAUUUCCUGGUAUAACAGGAUGGUUAGUGAUAAUAUUUUCACAAGAUGUGGAUUAGUACUGGGCAACAUGUGAAUACUGGGGUGGAAUGCACAAAAAUCAGAAAAUCACCCUUGGAUGGAGACUUUGUCGGAAAGUUUGUGCCAUUGGAAUUUAUAGGGGACCUGUUCAAACAGGAGGUUUCCCUUCCUUCCCCUUCUCACCCAAGCCUCGUAUUUGUCACUGUGUCUCAAUGCAUACAUUAAAGUACAGCAAUUGACACAGCAGUGGUGAUCUAAAAAGAAACAAGGGGAAACAGUUGUUUACAGAGCUAUGAUUGCUUAGAGCACUGAGCAUAGGAGUCACAUGGAGAGAGAAAAAAGGGUGGGUCUUGAACUGAGUGACUGCAUGGCAAGGAUCUUUUUAAAACUCCUUCACUGCUUUCUCUGCUGAUUGUUUUCCUCUUUUAACUAUUAAACCUUUGCUCCAUAAAUCUACCGCCUGUAUUUUUAGAGACUUUUUGGUUUCUUCAGGUACUGGUGGAAAGGAGCAUUGAGCUUUGCCUGAGAUUUAUUGUUAUUCAGCAUGCAGUUUAUAUGCAGGCCAUUCAUCCAACUGGUCCACACUGGUCUUUAUGUUCCAUGUAAACUUCUUCCCACUCUAAGUCAACUCGCCCCGCCAGCAUAUCCUUCUGGAUGUAGGUUUGCUCGCUGAGUUGGAAGGUUCGUUUUCAGAUGUUUUGUCACCAUAUUAAGUAGCAUCUUCAGUGAGCCUCCGGAUGAAGCAUGGCCUGCUUUCUAUUUAUGUGUUUAGGUUUCCUUGGGUUGGUGACAUCAUACCUGUGGUGAUGUCAUUUUCUGUUCUUUUUCUCAGGGGGUGGUAAAU